GUGAGCGCAGCGCCACAGCGAGAGGGACAGCAYCGGGGGAGAGAAGGGUUCCUUUUUGUUUCAUGCCAUUUUUUUCUUCACUCAUCAGUUAAAGCGACUGUUUUCCUGCUAGUUUAAAAACCAGAUUAUCCAAUCCGGACAGRGGCAGAGAUGAAACCUGACACGAGACGGACUUUUCUGCUUCUUCUCAUCUGUUUGCAGACACAAGGUUGCUUCUCAUCCAAGGCAGAGGACCGUCUGUUCAGGAAGCUUUUCAGACGAUAUAAUCAGUUCAUCAGACCAGUGGAGAAUGUCUCGGACCCYGUCACCGUGGAGUUUGAGGUCUCCAUUUCACAGCUGGUUAAAGUCGAUGAAGUGAAUCAAAUCAUGGAGACAAAUUUAUGGCUCAGGCAUAUUUGGAAUGACUACAAGCUGCGAUGGAAGCCAACAGAGUUUGAUGGGAUUGAGUUCAUCAGAGUUCCUUCAAACAAGAUCUGGAGACCUGACAUUGUUCUCUACAACAAUGCUGUAGGUGACUUCCUGGUGGAGGAUAAGACCAAGGCUUUGCUGAAGUUUGAUGGAACUAUCACCUGGGUUCCUCCCGCCAUUUUUAAAUCCUCAUGUCCGAUGGAUAUCACCUACUUCCCUUUUGACUACCAGAACUGCUCCAUGAAGUUUGGUUCCUGGACUUAUGACAAAGCCAAGAUUGACCUGGUACUUAUUGGAUCCAAGGUCAACUUAAAAGACUUCUGGGAGAGCGGCGAAUGGGAAAUCAUUGACGCUCCAGGCUACAAACAUGACAUCAAGUACAACUGCUGUGAAGAGAUCUACCCAGACAUCACGUACUCCUUCUACAUCCGGCGCCUGCCACUCUUCUACACCAUCAACCUCAUCAUCCCCUGCCUCCUCAUCUCUUUCCUCACAGUGCUGGUUUUCUAUCUCCCAUCCGACUGUGGAGAGAAGGUCACGCUCUGUAUCUCUGUCCUGCUCUCCCUCACUGUGUUCCUGCUCGUCAUCACAGAGACCAUCCCCUCCACAUCGCUGGUCAUCCCUCUCAUCGGGGAGUACCUGCUCUUCACGAUGAUCUUCGUCACCCUMAGCAUCGUCAUCACUGUGUUCGUGUUGAACGUGCACUACCGCACGCCGAUGACCCACACCAUGCCGUGCUGGGUGAGGUCGGUGUUCCUCAAAGUGCUGCCGAGGAUCAUGCUGAUGCGGAGACCGAUUGAUGAGGAUGGCAAGGCCGGGUGGUUGGACGACAGUGGGGAAGCAGGAGGAGCUGGAGGGGGAGGAGGAGGCGGGAAAGGCAGGAAGAAGAGGAAGAAUAGUUUGAUGCAACAGGUUGGUGGAGGGUCUCUUAAUUGUUUGGAGUUCGGGGACAGUAUGCUCUCGUCUGUGGAGAGCUGCAGUGAAAAGAAAUGUUCCUGCCCCUGUCGGCAUGGAAGGGAGACACCAGAUACUCCAGACUCUGGAAAGAUGAAGCGUCAGCUGAGUCCUCAGUACGUUAACGCAGUGAUGGCCUUCUCUGUGGUGUCACCGGAGAUCAAACAGGCCAUCGAGAGCGUCAAGUACAUCGCAGAGAACAUGAGGAGCCGAAACAAGGCCAAGGAGGUUGAAGAUGACUGGAAAUAUGUUGCAAUGGUGAUUGACAGAAUCUUCCUUUGGGUUUUUGUGACCGUCUGCAUCCUGGGAACCGUGGGCCUGUUCCUUCAGCCUCUCUUCGGAUUUGUCUCAUAACUGCCACAAUAUUGAGGGUUUUCUGUCAAAAAACAAAUGAACUCUCAGUUCUCAGUUAGCCAAUAAGAGGAAACCAUUUUGGGUCCUGCAGCACUAUUAAGUGUUCUGGUUCUAUUUUAUGGCUAAACUAUUUAUUAUUGGAAAUCCUUUUAAUUUCUAAUCACAGUCACACGAGGUUGGAAUGCCUCAUUUUUUAUAUAUUUUACAAAAAUGUCAUAAAACAGAUUAAAUCAAGACAGAUUUAAACAUGUGAAAUGAUUCAGGCAAAUAUAAUAAUAUGAAAUGAAGAGGGCAGGGAUGACAGCAUUUAGUGCCAUUUAGUUUGAUCUCUGUAGCUAUUAAAACAGUUUGCAUUCUGAAUGAUUAUAAAAAAUGUUGAUGAUGUCCAAAAAAGUUAAAAUAAUUUUAUCACUAUUACCCCUCCCCAUAUAAAACAAGUUUUUGACUUGUAUUAAAAAAUCCAAAUCUAAACAGAAAAUAGGGAUAAUUUUUGUAAUAUAAUCUCAUUUCACAAUGCAAACAUAUUGUAAAUCAAAUAUAAAAUAAAAAUAUAAAUAAAUAAAUGACAGGUUCUAAUAAAGAGGUUCAAAUUCCAAGUACUCCAGGUUAGAAACAACUCCCAGACUUGGAUCAGGAUYGAGGCACAUUCAGUGGUUCUUCAGGACUUGAACCUGUACACACAGUAUGUAUUAAAGAACCAGGAACUUUACAAGACAGAAGAUGAAACAAACUGUCCACUUCAGCAAACUCAGCUCCACUCAGACGACUGAGGAACRCAAAACCAGAUUCUUGCUGUGAUUCAUCGACAAACUGACAGAGUCAACAACCACUGCUGCUUUUAUGAGCAAUUUCCCUUUUUUAAAUCUCCUUAUUCAAAUGUCUGGCAUCAUUGGGAGGGCUUUAAAAAUAACAGCUGGAUGUUUUUUUUUGUAAUUAGAAACUAUUUGUUUCUGAAUGAAUAAUCUUCCACAUGGUAAUUGAUUGGUCUGGUAAGUCAACAUUUGUCUUGAUUGGUUGUUCUAAAGAUAGAUUUGUAGUUAUUUUAUAAGAAAGACCUUUAAUUCCCAAUUUCAUGCACAUUAAUGUUUUUUGUUUUGUUUUGUUUUGGUAACAUUCAUGAUUAGGUUUAUUUAUUUAUUUUUAUAAACGAACAAGUAAUGGAAAAAAACAUGGGUGGAAUAAAUUAUGAUUGCUUUCA